AUGGAGCCUGGAGCCGGCCAGCUGCCAGUCCAGGUCCUGGGAGAGAACGAGGCGCUGCAGCAGUUCUUCAAAGGUCAGGAUGUUCGUGGAGUGUUGGACAGUUCUGUCGCCGUAGAUACGAGCAUCCUGGAGCAUUACCUCAGUAACGACAUGGACCCCAGCAGCUUCAUACUUCCCGAGUCUCCGCCUGAUUCCAGCUCAGAGGCUUGUUCACCUCCACAGAUACCAGAUCUUCACUAUGAACAAUCCUACUGGUCGACCCAGCAGGAAGGCCCAUCCUCGUCCUGUCGCUUUAAGGAUCGGGGCUCCACCCCUUCAGACUCUCACUUAUUGACUGGAUCAUCAUCCUGUCGGCUUAAUGAUGGAGGCUCAGCCCCCUCCCACACUAACCUGCUGACUCAUGAUCAGCUCCGUGGUUUGGGCCUUUCAAAUACUUAUAUUAAAGCUGGGACUCCACCUGCCCCCCAAAACCAGCACACGCACAGCUCAUCUGAGCACUACUUUCCAGGGCGGUGUUUACAAGGUUACACCCCACCCACGCCUCCCUCACGACCUCUACCUCCGUCCCAUAGCUACGUUCCACCCAUUACUGAACAAGGCAUGGUCCUAAUUGUCCCCCCACCAUCUUCAGACUGUCCUCUGGGCCCUGUCUCCACACCACACACCUGUCUUCCAGACAGUAAAAAGAGAAGAAGAUCUGAGUCUGGGGAACCAUUUGCAGGAGCUGAUUCGUCAUGCUAUGAAGGUGAUGGGACUCGUGGUAGUAGCGUGGGGAACCGUGAUAGUGGACUGGGUCUAGCACCCUCCCAGCUGCUGACUUGGGAGCAUUACAGUCCAGGGCAAUGGAGCUCUCUAUACGACAGCAGCAACCAAACACUGUCUCCUCUUGCCUACCGUGUUGAUACAGAUAAAGGCUUCAACUACUCUCCAACUGAUGAGGCCUUUGUUUGCCAGAAGAAGAACCACUUUCAGGUCACCGUCCAUAUUGGUAUGACUGGAGAGCCACAUUAUGUCAAAACAGGCAGUGGACUGCAAGAAGUGGACCACUUUGAGAUAAAUGUGUUUGGGGUUAAGCUGGAAAGUCCCAGCCGUCUGGUGACCAUUGAGCAGUCUCAACCGGACCGCAGCAAGAAGUCCUUCCACCCUGUCAGGGUCAGUCUUCCUGGUGGCAAAAUAACCAAAGUAACACUGGGUAGACUGCACUUCACCGAGACAACAGCAAACAACAUGAGGAAGAAAGGCAAACCCAACCCUGAUCAGAGGUAUUUUCAGAUGGUGGUUGGUCUUUAUGCUGUGUUAAAAUCGGAGAGUUUACUUCUAACGGCUCUGGUGUCGGAGAGGAUCAUUGUCAGGGCUUCCAACCCAGGUCAGUUUGAGAUGGAUGGAGACUCCUGCUGGCAGCGGGGGGCGGUUCAGGAAUCUGUGGUCUGUCAGGGUCGAGUUGGCAUCAAUACUGACUCCCCUGAUGAGGCGCUGGUUGUCUGUGGUAACGCCAAGGUGAUGGGCGCCAUCAUGCAGCCGUCCGACUGCCGUGCAAAGCAGAACAUACAGGAGGUCGACUCUGAGCAGCAGCUGAAGAGAAUCACUCAGAUGAGGAUAAUCGAGUUUGAUUAUAAACCGGAGUUCGCCUCCACCAUGGGAAUAGACCACACCCACCAGACAGGUGUGAUAGCUCAGGAGGUGAAGGAGCUGCUGCCAUCUGCAGUGAAGGAGGUUGGAGACGUCGUAUGUUCAGACGGCGAGAGGAUACAUAACUUCCUCAUGGUGGACAAAGAGCAGAUCUUCAUGGAGAACGUGGGGGCGGUGCAGCAGCUAUCGAAGCUCACCGACAACCUGGAGACUCGUAUCCAAGAGCUGGAGGUCUGGAAUCGCCGACUGGAGAAGCUGAAGAGUCUAACAGGAAGCCUGCGCUCCACCGGGAGGCCUCAGAGACAUGGCAGUGUGUCGACAGCAUCGGGUCCUGAACCAUGUAAAACUGAGAAAGUUCAGAAGGAGGGUUCAUGUCAGAAAUACAAGCAAUGUCUGCACAAUAAAAUCUUCAAGGCCAGCGUCUUCACCCUGCUGGCCACCAUGGCCUUCUGUGUCAUCUCCAUCACCGCUCUGUAUCUGCUAAACUUAAAGGGGAAAGACAAUGACACCUUUCCUGGCAACAGUAACAACAGCUUGGUGCAGACGACGCCUCAGACCAGCACAGUCACACCAACCAGUCCCCCUGGUCCUUGGCCUCCAGAUGUGGACUUCUGUGACCUGUUGUACUGUGAUGAGGUGCACUGUUGCCCUCCACCAGCAGGGGGCGGAGGUGGCUCAAACAUUGCAGCCUCUGAGUCCACUAGAAAGUUUGAAAUUAAAGAAAAAAAUCCAGAAGGACUUUUUCAGCGUAUGAAAAGUGCUGGAGACUGGACAAACACCACCAUCCAUACGUUCAUGAUCAAAGAGAACCAGCAGGUGAUUGACAGGAAGUACUGCAUGAGAGAUGAAUGUCUGCCUGGAAGAUACAUCUUCAGAGUUCCGGUUAGCAAGUUUGUCCCAGUUAACAUGAGAGUCACCCUGCUGAUGAACUCCACAGAGUUGUUGGUGGUUCAUCUGUGUCGUCUAGAUGAGUCCUCCACCUGCUCUGCACUGCUGGAUGCAAACACAGUCACAGAAAGCAGAUAUCCAUCAAAUACACAGGGAGAACAUGAAUGGCCUCUUCAUGUGGCUCGUCUUUAUCAGAGCUCAUAUUAUUUCCGCUCGGCAGUGGCUGGUCAAGCAGACUGCAGUACUGACCAUCACUAUGCGGGGGUGCUCUUCACAGACUACCACUUCCACUUCUACAGGCGUUGCUCAGACUUGUAGUCACACAUUUACAAAUUACUCACAGAAAAUUAGAAAAUUAAGAUUUUAUAUAACCUUUGUUGCUGUAAGAGGACGAUGGACAGAUGGAAUGAUAAAUAUGAUGGUCGGCAAGACUGGAGGAGAAGAAGGAAGAGUUCUGAUAUAUCUUUUUUUGUUUUGUUUUGUUUUGUUUUUUUGUUUGUUUGUUUGUUUUCUUUCGAUUUCCAGUGGAGGACAGGACAGUUUUACCUCUUUUUCGUAAAAUGUAAAGAUAUUUUAUCCUGUGCUGAGGGAUCAUGAAGAGACACUGGCUGGCUUGAAGACUCCUGAGCUGAAACGUUGGUGAGGCAGAACUUUAAAACAACCUGGAAUCUGAGACGCCACAAGAAGGAAGUGAACAUAUGUGGUUGUGGCUCUUUGUGGUUUUAGGUUCUUAGAGUAAAAUGUAUUUGCUAUGUCGUGCAAAACAAACACAAAAACGACUUCUGAAAUUUACAAUACCAAGAAAAAAACAAGAAAACUUUGAUCUCAGACUUUUAAUAUUCAUUUUUUGCUUUUUUCUGUAAUUCAGUCUUGAACAACAAAUUUCAGAAUUCAUAAAUACAAUUUUAUGAGUUCUGACAUUGAGAGAAAAGGCUGUUAAAAAAAUUGGAGGUAAUUUAAAAAAAAUUAAUAACAAAGUUGUUUGACUCGUGCUAAAUGCUGAAGUUGCUGUAAAAACAAUUACUGAUGUAUUUUGAGUCAUUUAUAAAUGUAAAAAUGUUUAAAUUAAUCUUUUCUAUGAGUGUAAACAACUGAAACCUGAGUGUUUUAAUAAAUACAAUUUUUUUCUUUUUAA